CAAACUUUGCAAAGGCAAUCUAAAGAUCAAGGAAGAUAUGGCUUUCAUUGAUGGCGUGCUGGCAGCCGGCGGAAUAGCCCACGAGCCGGAACUACGUCCGUUUCUGCUGGACAUUGCCUACACCAUGAUGAGGGAUAGCCUGUUGGAGGCCCGGCGCUAUGCCGAUCUCCAAAAUCAAACUAAUAUCAAUGUCGAGCAUAUCCGAAUGACCCAAUUUGUAGAACCUAGGGCUGACCUACUGCCGAUGGACGAUGAGCCCUACUCGGCUUCCACGGGAGCUACAGUGCCACCGGAUUCGGCUCGAAUGGAUCCUAAGAAGUCCUCGGAGCCACAGGGGCAUGCCAGAAGGGUUGAACCUGAAGUGAAGGCCCCCAAAAAAAUGAAAUUAGACUAAAGGGCCAACAUCAACCUUGACGGCGACACGUGCAACGAGGUCUAUUUGAUUGAUCAACAAUUAAUAUUAAACACAUUUGAUAUAAAAAUGCAUUUAACUUUUUUAUAAUAUAUGAUUAUCAAUAUUCA